CCAAAUCGGGUCGUUCAAACUGGAAAAAUUGCGUCUUUCUUGCAACAGCAAAGAGUUUGAGCUGAAGCAGGAGGUGGGUCAUUGUCAAUGGGGGACGAAGUGGAGAUUGAAGACGAUGCGAACCAGGACGCGCCUCGCGUUCGAGGCCGUCACAUCAGGAAGCGAGCUCUCAAGAACAAAGCUCUCUCGGUCACCUUCGACGAGAAGGACCUCAGGGACUUUGUGACGGGGUUUCACAAGAGAAAGAAGAAGAGGAGAAAGGAAGCGCAAAAGCAACAAGAAGAGGCGCAGCGCCGCAAGCGAAUCGAGCAGCGAAAGAAGAGAAAGCUAGAAAGAGAGCUUGCUUAUUAUGAUGGAGGUCCUCCAUCGAAUGAUACUGAACUUGAUGGAGACGAUGAGCUCUUAGAGAAUGAUGAGGAAACCCAGCCCCAAAUAUCUACAUCAGCAAUGGCAGUAUAUGAUAAUGGAGACAUGAAGGUCACUGUGAAAACAAGUGAGAUCGCGCCAGACGAAGAAAAUGAUCCCAUUGAGAAGACUUGGACCAGCAAAGCUACUCGAGCUGAUAAGGGGCACAGUGUACCUGUGAAUAAGAAAUCAUUCAAGGAGGUGGCAAAGCAUAAACCACACAGAAAGGUGCAGAAUAAGAGGGAGAAAUAUAAGGGCAAGAAAAAGAACAAGAAGACACGCUAACUCUUUGUUGCCAGUCUCACUUGAACUCCAUGCGAGAUUGAUGCGGCUGCUUUUGGCUGUCUGGAAUUCCUGGCGGGGCAAAGGUUUUGUUUAUGAGCCCGCCAGUUACGUAACUGCUGAGUGCUGACCUCCUUCCAUGAUCAUGGACGCACUUCCCAGUAAGCUAGCUUCCCCUGCUGUAAUAUAUUUCUUGGUUACUUUUCUUCAACAGAAUAGUGUAUUCAGAAACAUGUUACAACUUUCACUUUCUUUUUGUUGGGAAGUCCAACCUGAUAUUAUUUAUGCUUCGUGCAAUAUGAUGACCGGAUGUGCUUAGGUAACAAAUGCUUGCCCGGUUUCUUCUCAAUCCUGUUAUAGUUUCUGUGCAAUAAUUGAGAAAGAAAUUGGAGGUCUUGCCACU